CUCCCUGCAAGGAAAACACGGUCACGUACUUUCAGAAAAUAAGGCGAUCACUUUCCUCGCUCUUUCACUCUCAGAGGUCGAUCGCACCCCCAAGGAGGGAGGAAAGGGAACUGGUCAAUAUUGAGCAGCAGUGUCAUUCCGUUUGACUUCACCUGCUCGCCUCGCUGUCUGCAUGCGGCGACCGGGAACGGCACAGAAGGGGGCUCAGCGUUCAGCUUUGCUAUCGAUUUGGCCCUGGUUUGCCACGGGAAAACAUUAACAGGCGAAAACAACAACAAAAGCAUCCCAUCCUCCCCUCCCCAUUCCAAAAAAAGAGAGAAAGAAAUAAUUCACAGCUGCGGGUCUCUUUUUCCGAGUCAUGUCUGAGCCGGAGAGAUGGGCAAGAUCGAAGGAAACGAGAGAAUAGUUCUCAACGUAGGGGGAACUCGGCACGAAACUUACAGGAACACGUUGAAAACCCUUCCCGGGACCCGGCUAGCGCUGCUCGCCGACUCCGAUGGGCAAAGCAACCCCGACUAUGACCCCAGAGUGAACCAGUAUUUUUUCGACCGUCACCCGGGAGUCUUCGCUUAUGUCCUCAACUACUACCGGACGGGCAAACUGCACUGCCCUGCCGAUGUGUGCGGGCCACUUUUCGAAGAGGAACUGGCCUUCUGGGGUAUUGACGAGACCGACGUGGAGCCUUGUUGCUGGAUGACUUACAGGCAACACCGGGACGCCGAGGAAGCCCUCGACAUCUUCGAGGCGCCCGAUCUCCUGAGCGGGGAGGUUCAAGACGGCGAAGACGAAGCGGAGCUGAACAAGAGACUGGGCAUCGAGGAGUGCAGCCCCGGGGGCAGCGGUAAAAUCAGCCGCUGGAAGAGGUGGCAACCGAGGAUAUGGGCACUCUUUGAGGAUCCUUACUCUUCUAGAGCUGCGAGGUUUAUUGCCUUUGCCUCUUUAUUGUUCAUCCUCGUCUCUAUCACCACCUUCUGCCUUGAGACACAUGAGGCAUUUAACGAAAUUGUUAACAAAACAGAACGUGUAAAAAAUGGGAAUUCAUCUAAAUUAAUCCAACACCUUGAGAUUGAAACAGACCCGGCACUAACAUACGUUGAAGGAGUAUGUGUAGUAUGGUUUACUAUUGAAUUUUUAGUCCGAGUCACGUUCUGCCCUGACAAACUUGAAUUCGUCAAAAAUCUUCUAAAUAUAAUUGACUUUGUGGCAAUUUUACCCUUUUACUUGGAGGUGGGACUCCGUGGACUCUCGUCAAAGGCUGCAAAAGAUGUACUGGGCUUCCUCAGGGUGGUAAGGUUUGUCAGAAUUCUGCGAAUCUUCAAGCUGACCCGUCACUUUGUGGGACUUAGAGUGCUUGGACACACUCUCCGUGCUAGCACAAAUGAAUUUCUACUCUUAAUCAUUUUCUUGGCUCUGGGUGUGUUGAUAUUUGCUACUAUGAUUUACUAUGCUGAGCGAAUAGGAGCGAACCCAAAUGAUCCAACAGCCAGUGACCAUACCAAGUUCAAAAAUAUCCCUAUUGGAUUCUGGUGGGCAGUCGUCACUAUGACAACACUUGGAUACGGAGACAUGUACCCUCAGACGUGGUCAGGAAUGUUGGUAGGAGCACUCUGUGCUCUUGCAGGUGUCCUCACCAUAGCGAUGCCUGUACCUGUUAUUGUCAAUAAUUUUGGAAUGUACUAUUCACUGGCCAUGGCAAAACAAAAACUUCCGAGAAAGAGAAAGAAGCACAUCACCCAAGCUCCUCAAGCAGGGUCUCCAACAUACUGCAAAACAGAUCUGACUACACCUUGCAACAGCACUCAGAGUGACGCAUGUCCUUUUGGGAAGGAUAAGUUGGAGUGCAACAGAACAGUGUUGUCAGGUGAAGACAGUGCAGGAAGUGACCAGCCACUAUCACCUGAAGACAGGCUUCCAAUCAGACGGUCUAGCACCAGGGACAAAAACAGAAGAGGGGGAACGUGUUUCUUGCUGACAACGGGUGAUUAUGCGUGUACAACAGAUGGAGGGAUCAGGAAAGGAUAUGAAAAGUCCAGAAGCCUAAACAACAUAGCUGGCUUGGCUGGUAAUGCUCUAAGACUGUCUCCAGUAGCUUCACCCUACAGUUCACCUUGUCCCCUGAGACGUUCUCGAUCUCCCAUCCCAUCUAUACUGUAAACAAGCUUAGAAUAAUUUAUUCAAGUUACAUUCUACUGCAUUACAAUAUAAUUGAAACAACAGCUUUAAGUGUAGCCCUACCAGUAAUAUUUAAAACCUGCAUGAUAUAACUGUAAAUAUAAAAAAAAUUGCAUUAAUUGAAGUUUCUGACCUUUGCAUUUAAUCUUUGCAAAGUAAUGCGUCUUGCUUAGAUGUUAAUUUUAUUGCAUUACCAUUGCAAACUAAGGGCAUUUAGAAGAUCUGCUUAGCCACUAUGUUCAAUGAUAAGUGUUUUUCAGGGAGAUACUGAAUACAAAUAUGUGCUUCCAAAUGAUAUCACUCCAUUGGAACUUCAUUUCUGUGACUUUGAUCCAUUUCGAAGAUGUCUUGACUUCUGUCUGAGUUCACACAAUGUGACUUGGGUUAAAUCAUUUGCAUGGAACAUUCUGUCUCAUCGUCUGCAAGCAAUGUGCACUUUCUGGGACGUGGAUGGCUCUGGAUAUUUGUGUGUAUUGCACCAUUUGCUGAACAAAGCAUUGGCCAACUGUUCUGCAUGUUGGAAUUUAUUACUGUUCUAUAGAGAAGAUGAGUAAUGAAGUGUGUAGAACUGAGUGUUUCCGAUUGUUUACAUGCAGAUAACUGCAAAGAUGUUGUCUUUACUGGUUACACGCAAGCAGAGACAAGCGCACAUUCUUAAUGGCUUCAGGAAGGCACAAACAUGAAAAGAGGUAACAUAUCCAUCAUCUGGGGUAACAUUUUCAAUCCAACAAGAAAUGCCUAGCUGGUUUAACUGAAACCAUAAUGGACCUCCAUAUUCAUGUCUUAAUUAUUAACAUAUAUAUGUACCUGUUAACUAGAUGAGUUAUUAUAUGUGUAUAUAGUUCUAUUCCUAUAAGCAUGAUCUGCAUGAUAUAUCUUGUAAAAUAUGUAUCAAUGGAAAUAUACAUUUCUGAUAUUUAGAGAUGUACAUUGUUCAGUUUUGUUAACAUUAUCAGCAAAGAUAUUUAUUUUAAAGAUUUCAGCAAUGGAUUUAUUACUAUAUUGGUGCUGCUGUUACUGACUGCAGUGUUAUACUGGUAUCAAGGAUUUCAGUCUUUUUGAAAUGGUAAAGGGAUUUUAGCCAUAAUGAUUUUCUGGAUGAAUGCUGCAUAUAAAGUGGUGUUAAGCAUAGCUUAUCUCAGAAGUGACAUUGGUAAGAUUUCAAGAGUUAAAAUAUCAUUUUACAAAUGUAAGUGUCUGGAAUCAGUUGUCCAUGAAGUGAAUAUGUGGUAAAGUGGAUGAGCUAAUUAUAAAUAUUGUGUAUACAUGGUCUGGGGUGCUUCAGCUGAUUACUGAGGCAGGAUCUAGUUAUGCUGAAAUCAGACAUUACUGAAACUGUAUAUAAAACAUGUAUAUCAUUGAUGAGAACAAUGUUUUUUUUUCUGUAUUAACCCUGUUCCCUGCAAUAAGUCUACACUAUAGUGCUAUAGACAUAUAAAAGCACGCAAUUACAGGAAACACAGCUGGAAUUAAAUUUAAAAAAUCAUCUGGCAUUUAAUCAUAUCCAUUUUGAAUUAUUUUCUGCUAUUUUUG